ACUUGUCUCUAUGUAUUUACAUCGAUUUUUUUUCCUCAUACCAGAACCUGCCACUUCCAAUAAAUACAGCUUUAUUGCACUCAGUAUCUACAGAUGCUCCGUAUUCAGUCUCUCUUUAUCUUCUCAAUAUCAGUGCCCUGAAGGAACGGCUAGAGAAUAAUCAGCUCCAGGUUCUUAUCUUGAAAUAAGGUCUGAGCAUCGCUGUGAAUGAAACAGUAAUGCAGUCUGUAACACAACAAACAAUUCCACGCUACCCUGCACUACCAACAUACAAUCCUGAUGUGCCUAGGGUAAAUCAUGUAGCAGCAACUCCAACACAAAGCCAGCCAACAUCGAUGACUUUAAGAACAAAGAUUUUAAUUUCAAUCGGGACUGUUUCCAUCAUAGCGGUACUAGUUUGGGUUGCAGUACUUACGUGGUAUUUUGUCACACGUAUCCCAAACUGUGAAAUCCAAUGUACCUACUCUUCCAAGUGUAUCUCUCCGUACCAGAUAUGUGAUGGUAUAGAAGACUGCAUUUUAGGAACUGAUGAAAAAGAUUGUGUCACAACUGCGCCAACCUGCCAAAUAUAUUGUUGGAAUUUCAUGUACUCUCACACGUGCAUCUAUGCCUACCAGAUGUGUAAUGGGGUACGAGACUGCCUUUUUGGAGAUGAUGAGAUGAAUUGCGUCACAACUGCACCAACCUGCCAAAUAUAUUGUUGGAAUUUCAUGUACUCUCACACGUGCAUCUAUGCCUACCAGAUGUGUAAUGGGGUACGAGACUGCCUUUUUGGAGAUGAUGAGAUGAAUUGCGUGACAAAAACCAUAACCUACCCAACCUGCCAAAUAUUUUGUGAAUAUAGCCCCAACACUUACAGAUGCAUCUUUCCCUACCAGAUGUGUGAUGGUACAGCCGACUGUCCUUAUGGAGAUGAUGAGAUGAAUUGUGAUUAUUGUGAAAAGAAAUGUGGUUCAUCCAUAAGCUGUGUCCUGUCUUCCCAGUGGUGUGAUGGAGUGUCCGACUGUCCCAAUGGAGAAGAUGAAAUGUCCUGUGUGAGAUUAUAUGGAGCAGACUUCCAACUGCAGGUCUAUUCUACAUUAAAGUCAGCAUGGCUGCCCGUGUGCAGUAAUAACUGGACUGAUGACUUUGGGAGGUUUGCCUGCCAGGACUUUGGAUACAACGGGAGCAGCUAUAGCAGAUAUGAUAUUUUGCCAUCCAUCUAUUCCCCUAAUGGGUAUUUCAAGUUAGACUCUGGAUCUUGGACCAGUAGGUUCUAUACAAGUGUUCAGAACAGUUCUUCCUGUUCAUCGGGAUAUGUGGUCUCUUUACAUUGUAUAAGCUGUGGUGUAUCUUAUAACAACAUAUCCAGCCGAAUAGUAGGAGGAACUAAUGCUGUCUCAGGUAUGUGGCCAUGGCAAGUCAGUCUACAGUACAAAACAGGAGCUUUAUGUGGUGGCUCCAUCAUUUCUCCCAAGUGGAUAGUUACUGCAGCUCACUGUGUAUAUGGGUCUUAUUCAAGUGCUUCUGGAUGGAAGGUUUUUGCUGGGACACUGACCUUGCCAAGUUACUAUGACCCCAAUGGCUACUCUGUGGAAAGGAUAAUUGCUCACCCUGGUUAUAAGUCUUACAAUCACGAUAAUGAUAUCGCCCUAAUGAUACUUACAGAUGAAAUAACAUUUGGCUAUACCACCCAGCCGGUGUGCUUACCCAACUCUGGAAUGUUCUGGGAGGCUGACACAUCAUGUUGGAUAUCUGGUUGGGGUUCGACAUUUGAAGGAGGUUACUCGUCUACAGAUCUCAAGUAUGCUGAUGUUCCACUGAUUGACUCAGCAAAAUGCAAUAAAUAUAAUAUGUACAAUGGGAGAAUUACAUCUUCCAUGAUGUGUGCUGGUUAUAUUUAUGGGGGAGUAGAUACAUGCCAGGGUGACAGCGGAGGACCUUUAGUAACCAAAAAAAAUGGCACUUGGUGGCUUGUUGGUGACACCAGCUGGGGAGAUGGCUGUGCCCGACCCAAUAAACCUGGAGUAUACGGAAAUAUGACCAUGUUCUUGCAAUGGAUAUAUUUACAAAUGAGGACUUGAUGACUGAUGAAUGAUCCUCUUGAUUCUACUCUGAUUAUGUAAAUACAAAACUUACGAUAAUGAGAGAACACAACUGAUGAUUUAUUACAUUGAAUUAAUAUUCCGGAGUGCUCACAUAGAAUGCAUGUAAUAUUGGUUGAACUGAAUGACAUUUGUGAAGUCCCUUGGGAAUGUGUACAUCUCCAGCAUUUGAAAAUCAAGAAUUACCUUGUUUCCAUCCACCUGUCUCCACCAAGAUAACUCCCAAUUCGAAAAAACGUCAGAUUGCCCAUGUUCCAAUGUGACAGGACACUCUCUCUCUCUUUUUUUUGCUGCAGCCCUAAAAUAUGCAGAGUUUUUGAACU